AUGGGCCCCUUCCUGCCAGGCUCUCUAGAACACCUUGGUUGGGAGGGAAGGAUCUCCUUCUGGAAGACGCUUGAUGUUGAUGGCUCCAAGAAACCCCACUUCUACAACAAGAGGAGGGCAGAUCCAUUCUGCAGACUUAGGGUACCCAAGUAUCAAAAAGCCUUCGAGGCAUUCUUCUUUGCCGUAUUUCUUGCAUUGUAUUACGGCGUGCUGAUACAGAGAGACCCCUACCAUAUCACUGGACUAGAGGCAGCAUUGAUUGUGUUCUUCGUUGCCUUCGCCGUUGAUGAAAUUUCCUCCAUUAGGGAUGCCGGCACGGCUUUCUACACAGCUGACUUUUGGAGCUUGUGGGACAUUUGCAUUAUCAUAAUUGGAAUAGCGUUCCUCAUCUGGAGAAUUGUCGGGGUAGUCAAGGAUAACGACGAAAUUGUUGAUACAGCUUUUGAUAUUCUUUCACUUGAGGCGCUGCUCUUGAUACCCCGGUAUGUAGAAAGACGAACAUCAAUCAGUGAACGAAAAACGAUAUAG